GGGGGCACACCGUGCGCGCUGCUCUCAAUGACAGAGCUAGCUUCACAGUACACUACCUUAACUAGCCUUAAUCCACCCGAGCUUAUCAUUAUCGAAUGAAGCUUCGGAAUUUCUCGAUCACCCACUUCAUGACUCCAACAAGUUUCUUCUUGAACCACUUGGCAGACCUUCAAACGGGUAUCCCUCAAUUAGACCAUCCGCUUCGCACCCUCAUUUGAGCACAUACCGAAACAAAACAAGAAGAAGAAGAAAACAUAAACCGGGGAAAAAAAAUGACGACGCUGACCCCAGCCCCAACCACCGCCGUCCGCCUGACCCAGGGCGCCGCGCUCUUCCUCUCGUCCUUCACCACGGGCAUCUCCCUGAGCCUCUCGGCCGUCGUGGUCCCCUGCCUGCUCGACGACGCGCCCAGGGACGUGAUGCUCGCGCAGUGGGCGCGCGUCUACGCGCUCGGCGCCCGCACCAUGCCCUUCGCCGCCGCCGCCACCGCCGCCGCCUAUCUCUGGCUCGGCCUCCGCGGCGUUGCCGGUUCGCCGCUGGGCUUCCGCUCGCGCUGCUACCUCGCCGCCGGCGCGCUGACGCUGAGCAUCGUGCCGUACACGUUUGCCGCCAUGCGCGGGCUGAACGCGCGGUUGCUGGAGAUGCGGCGGCGGGCGACGGUGACUGCGGGGACGCCGGCGGAGGUCAGUGCGGAGGAGCAGGUGAAGGAGGAGGAGGAGAUGAGCGCGAAGGCGGCGGUGGAUUGGUGGGGGGUGCUGAAUCUGGGGAGGACGGCGCUGUUGGCCGGCGGCGCCAUCUGCGGGUUGGUGGCCGUGCUUUGAGACUCCAUCCAGGAUGCUGUUGGAGGGUUGCGGGGGAGGGUUGGAUCUUGAACUGGUUCUCUGGUGGUAAUAUGGUCGCUAAGGCGUGCUUGGGAUAUGAACGGGUGGGGUGUGGCGUGAUGGAUACCCUCAACACCAAGGCAUACGGCAACACAUGGCUCUCUCUCUCACUCAUACGGCGAGGAUACGAUGAUGCAGUCAGC